CUUCCAACUCGCACAUUGCCAAGUCCUUCCGGCCAGGGGAGAUGAACUCUGCCAGGGAAACAAUAGAGGGAUCCCCCACGGUCGUGUCAUUGCCUUCGUCACAGAAAGCCUGAAGGAUGGCCAACCGAGAUGGUUGUCCGUACUGUUGCCAUACUCCCCUCGCACUAAUGUGACGGCGAUGUGUUUUUUCUUUCUUUUUUUUUCCUUCUCCCUUGCUGAAAUGAGUUUUGGCCUGUCUCUCUCUCCCCUCCCUCUCCGUGUCCUAGAAGGUCGCCUUUCCUGCAUCAGCACCCGAUGCCCACCGUCGUCCAGUCUUUGCCAGCUUCGGUUCGAGCGAGUGCUGUCAGUGUCGUCUGGUUUUCUGGCCCGUCACUGCGGCCCUCGGCGUUUACCCAAAUGGCAUAGCUGGCACUGCUCUCCCGCGCGCACCCUCCCAGCUUCCGUCCGGCAGCCUCGGUAGUGGCCGGCACAUCUUUUCCUAAUCGUCGUAUCUGCGUGUCCUUGGCUAGGGCCACGGUGCUAAGGAUGAGGGGGCCAGCCAAGUUGGCCCGCCAAAAGAGAGC